AUGAUAAAAGUAAAAUAGCUAAUUUAAGAAAUAAAAGAGAGUGCUAACACAGGGGCGAAUUCCUAUCAAACUACAUAGCACUAUACUAAUCAAGAGCAAACAACAAUCACAGUUGGAUUUGAUGAAGUAGUAUUCAAUGAUGUGGUAUUUCUGCUGGAUGGCGGAUAAACUGAGAUUUCUAUCAAUAGAAAUAUAAUGACUUAGCGAUCGCCAUAUUUUAGAUCUUUGAUUAAAAGUCUAGAUUUGACCAAGGUAUUGUAAUUAUAUAAAGCUAAUAACACUUUAGUAAAUUCGAAUAUUGCUUCCUAAGUGGAAAGCUAAGGUAACAUAUAACAAGCAAUGUCGAUGUUGAUACAGCAAUCACUUGACUUUGUCUAAAGAAUACUUUGGUUAGCUGACUUUUUCCAAAUUCUUGAUCUGCAAAGAUUCCUAAUCAAUGAGGUCAUCAUGCCAAAGAUGACUCCUAUUCAAGCAUUAAACUACUAUAAUGACAUUUUAAAAAAACUAAAAAACAGCUUUUAAAAUAAAAACAGUCCUAAUAAUGAUCCAUCAAAUUAAAAUAACCAAUCUAUGAUUAACAAAUUUAUAUCCUCAGCCUCAAUGAAUCAUAAUAGCACAUCAAAUGGAAGCUUAAACAUGACAGUAAUGAAUUUCAAGAACGAAAUGCUCUCAAUUUGGGAGUCCUUCAAGCAAAGCAUUUUAUCUUUUAUGGCUUCAAACAUACCUUCUAUGAUAAAAAUAGAUAAAUUUUUGGAUCUAAAUGCUUCUCUCAUUGACGACUUAAUGAAUCGAUAUCUAUCAUAGACUUUACAUCAUGAUAAGGAGUUGAAACUAAAAACUGAUUUAGUUUAAUUUAUGAUAGGAAGGAUUUAAUUUGGAAAGCUUUUCAAUCCUAAGAUACAUAGCAACUUUUAUUUUUGUAUCCGAGGAAUAAAGGAUAUCAAAUAGUUACUUUGGGAGGUAUGCUUCAAUGAGGAAAAUAGACUUAUUAUUUAAGAAAAAAGAUCUCAUGAAUUUAGCCUUUUCAGUCAAUAUAACUGCCAACUAAGUGCAGUUCUUGAAGGCAAUACAAUCAAAGUCAAUUUAAUUUAGUUGAAAGAUCAUAAAAAGCUAAUGCUGGACAAUAAGACUAAUUUAGAUACCGCCUCUAGAUACAGUGAUGCCUCAUUGGGAAAAUAGUCAAUAUCUGUUAAAAAUUAUUGCGGAACACCCUAAAGUAUAAACAGAUAGAGAUACCUAGAUUACAUAAAACAUUCUAAACCUAAGAGUAUUAGCAUUAGAAACCAAAAGUUUAGUUUUAGUAAAAUGAUGCAGAACUAUGCUUUGAUUGUGGAUAAAAAGCGUAAUAGAUCUUAACAGUCUUUAAAGCAACAUAGUCCUAAAGGAAUUUAAACUUCUAGAUAUGAAGUAAAGCAGAGAGCUAAUUCUAUCAAGGAAAAAGCGCCUAGAAAGGCCUAAUCUGCAAGCAAUACUCCUUAAAACUAAGGUAAAAAGCAAAUGAUGCUUUAAGAUAGAGAUAAAUUUGACAAUAACCAAACUAAUGGGCUAAGUAUUGCUAAACAAGUCGAAUGCUUCGUCCUUAAACUUAAGAUUAACGAGUAUGAGACAAUAACCUAUCCUUUGACAAUGGCACAUAAUAAUCUAGAGUUCGAAUAAAUCACCCAUUUAAUAUAGCAAAGAAAUAUAUUUCCAACAACUCAACCUUUGAGACUAAGUUUAAAUGAUGAUGAUUUGAAAAUAAGCAUGAUGGAGGUAAUGGCAGAUGAAUCUAAUAUCAUUGAGAUCGAAGAUAAGCUUUUAUAGCUUAUUAAUUGGGAUAAAGUAAGCACAUAAGUCUUGCUUAGUGUAACUAAGAAAGAUCAUGUUCUAUAAAGUUCUAUACCUUUUAAGCAGAAAUGCAAAUAUCAACUGCGCAUGAGAAAGGAGCAAUCAUAUAAUGUUAGUAUUAAUAGCAGUAUUGGUCCAAGCAAAAGAAAUUCACUCUCAAAGGACCCAAACAGGUAUUCAAUGAGUUUCGCCUCACCAAGAGAUGGAGGUAAUGAAAAAAAUCCAAGUAGAUAAAUUAAUAACAAUCUGGUAAAAAAAAUAAGUGCUACAUAAUAAAAGCACGUCAUAAAUAUUUCGAGAGAAAACGACUUGACUAAAAAAAUAGUUGAGUCCAUAGUAAAUUCACCCAGUUCUAAGGAAAUAAUGAAAAACAAAAGUAAAAGUAGGCAGAACUCUAGAGAGAAGCAGCUUAAUCUUUAAUCUCCUUAUUAAAAACAAAAGCCAACCAACAAUCUUAUAUACAAUGAAUUCUUGCACAAAAAGGAAAUCAUUAUCGGACAUAGUAUUAUUACUCAAAACAAUAAGAUAAAGCUUAUGAGUUCUAGCAAUAGAAAAUUAAGAACUAUUGAAGGAGGAACUGGAGGUAGUGAAAGCUUGAAUUUGGUUAAUAACAACAAUAGAAGAUAAACUGCUUCUACUAUUCAGUCUAGAUCAAAAGUCUAAAAUGUGGAAGCGACAAGAAAAAAGUCAUAAAACUAAUUUUAAAACCAAAAAUAGCAGAUCAGACAGCCAUUGAUAAUAAAGAAAAAUGAGGCAAGAGCCCCUCUUGAAUAGAAUGUCAAUAUUACCAAUCUUGAUAUUUCAGCGGCAGAAACCAAUAGUCUAGAUUUAAGCAGAAUUUUCCAUGGAAUGAAUACAACCCCAAUUGGUAACAUUAGCAAUUCAGGAACUGUUUAAUCUCAGAAUAAUAAAUCAUCUUUAACUUAGAAUCAGAUAUAAAAUAACUCUCAACUUCAAUCAAAUCAGAAUCUACCAUCUAGUUAGCUUAGUCAAGUAAAUUAGCAGGCCAGUCAAUCUAAAAAAGCUUAGUCUGUUAGUCGUCAAUCCUAGUCUGUAGUUAGACGAGUUUUAGAAGAGCAGCACAAUAACACUAGCAACUAGCAGUUCUAGCCGAAGUUCUACAUUGACUUGCAUGAGCUAUAAAAACAAAUCACGAGAGGCAACUGA